GCGGGGCCACCGUGGCGCUUCCGGUGCGGGCGGUGUCGGCGCGGAGGGUUCGCGGCCGGCGCGCGGCGGGGACGCGUCCAGGACGAUGUCGGGGGAGGUUCCUGCGAAUAUCAACAUCAAAGAGCCACGAUGGGAUCAAAGCACCUUCGCAGGACGAGCCAAUCACUUCUUCACUGUGACCGACCCCAGGAACAUCCUCCUAACUGAGGACCAGCUGGAGAGCGCAAGGAAAAUUGUCCAUGAUUACAGGCAAGGAGUUAUCCCUCCAGGCCUCACGGAAAAUGAGCUAUGGAGAGCCAAGUAUAUUUACGAUUCGGCUUUUCACCCAGACACGGGGGAGAAGAUGAUCCUGAUCGGGCGGAUGUCGGCCCAGGUCCCCAUGAACAUGACCAUCACGGGCUGCAUGAUGACCUUUUACAGGACCACGCCGGCCGUGCUCUUCUGGCAGUGGGUCAACCAGUCCUUCAACGCCGUGGUCAACUACACCAACCGCAGCGGGGAUGCGCCCCUGAGCGUCAGUGAACUGGGAACAGCCUAUGUCUCUGCGACCUCGGGCGCGGUGGUCACAGCUCUGGGACUGAAUGCAUUAACCAAGCACGUGUCAUCCCUCGUGGGGCGUUUUGUACCCUUUGCUGCCGUGGCUGCUGCGAACUGCAUCAACAUCCCCUUAAUGAGGCAGAGGGAGCUCAAGGUGGGCAUUCCUGUCACGGAUGAGCAUGGGAACCGCCUGGGGGAGUCGGCCAACGCUGCCCAGCAAGCCAUCGCGCAAGUUGUCAUCUCCAGGAUUCUCAUGGCUGCCCCCGGCAUGGCCAUCCCUCCGUUCAUCAUGAACACUCUGGAAAAGAAGGCUUUUCUGAAGCGUUUUCCAUGGAUGAGCGCGCCUAUUCAAGUUGGGCUGGUUGGAUUCUGCUUGGUGUUUGCCACGCCUCUGUGCUGUGCUCUCUUCCCCCAGAAAAGCUCGAUGUCGGUGUCCAGCCUGGAGGACGAGCUGCGGGCCAAGCUCCAGGAGAGCCACCCGGAGCUGCGGCGCGUCUACUUCAACAAGGGGCUGUAGCUGGAGCGUGGCGGCCCCCGGCGCAUCUCAGCGCCGGAACGAAGCGGCCACACUCAACGCUGAGGAAGCCCGGACCGCCCAGACCUGCGCACGCUGGGAAGUAAGCAGCCGCCGGAAGUCAGCCACGAGUGG